AGGUUCACUGCUGAGCAUGAGUUUGCAUUUGCAGCAGAAAGCAGCCACAACUCUUUUUGGAUAUUCCAGUAAAGACAUUCAGUGAUACAUCAUGAACAAGCAAAUCUUCUGCCUUAUCUUGGCGGUUGUCGCCUCUUUGGCUGCUGCACAGAAGGCCAACAGCACUGCAAAGACAGCCGCCUCAGAGAAAGUGACAGCCAAGUCAGCUAGAAGUGAAUACCACCACGGUCACCACGGUUUAGAGCAUCAUUUCCCUCAUUACCAUGGAGGCCAUCACAUCGGCGGAUUUGGUCACUACAAAGAAUUCGACCACUAUCUCAUCCCUCUGCUCGUCGUCCUCGGUCUCGGCGUGCUGGUCAUGCCUCUCCUCAGUGUCUUCAUGACAACUUUGGUGGGCAACGUCCCCGUGACCACCCUCGUCUCUGGGAGGAAGAAGAGGGAAGUGCCAGGUGCAUUUAACGCCGAAGAGAAAAUCACGGAAUUGUUUAAAACAUUUGGCAAAGCUCUCGAAGCGUUUAAUGCAGAAGACAAAUAAAGUCCAAUUGAGCGUGUUUCUUCACGUUUUACGAACAUCCUAUGGCAGACAAUCUUUUCUAAUUAUUUGGAGACAAUGUCACGCUUUUUCUUUUAAUUCUAUUCAA